AUGGACACCCUACCAAUUGUGUGGAGGACAGGUGACCCCGACUUAUACGAGAAAGCUCGUGUUGGUCGAAUCUUCAACCAGCGUCAGCCUAACAGAUAUCCUGACGCUGUCGUUGAAGCCCGUGAGGCAGCCCAUGUGGUCGAGGCGGUCAAACUCGCCAUUGAAAGGAAGUGCCGUAUCGCUGUACGCUCAGGUGGUCACAACUGGUCAGCCUCCAGCGUCAGGGACAAUUCCAUCCUUGUGGAUUUGGGUAACUGUCAUGAAAUGACCCUUGAUCAAGACACCGGCAUCGUUCAGGUCUCGCCAUCGACCACCUCGGCGGAAUUGAACGCAUAUCUACGCCCAUUCGGCCGCAUGUUUGCUGGAGGGCAUUGUCCAGAUGUAGCUGUGGGUGGAUUCUUGUUACUCGGAGGUGUGGGUUGGAAUGCUCGUAACUGGGGCUGUGCUUGUGAACAAGUCCUCGCCAUUGAAGUAGUCACCGCCGAUGGCCGCCUGCUGCGAGCGGAUCCAACUCAAAACACUGACCUCUACUGGGCUGCCAGAGGAUGUGGACCAGGCUUUCCGGGUGUCAUCACAAGGUUUCAUCUUCAGACAAGGCCACUGACCAAGGUAAUGCGGUCGUCUCUGUACGUUUACCCGACUAGUAGAUACCGUUCUGUCUUUGAAUGGGCCCUCGAACUCACACCGACAUUCGACAAUGAGACGGAGAUCGUCAUGAUUUCAACCCAUCCUCCCGGACUUGAUGACCUACAUCUUAUGGUCUUGUUCAUUACCUUCAAAGACAGCGAAGGUUCAGCCAAGGAUGCUCUCCAGCCUGCCGAAGACUCUUUCCCAUCCGAUCCAGUUCUCCACUGGUUCUGCCAGAAAACGGACCUACCGAACGAAUACGCAGGCCAGGACCACGCCAACCCAUCUGGCCAUCGCUACCACUGCGAAAAUGCCUACAUCCGCAACGGCGAAGAUGUUGUUUCUGUACUUGAAAAGGCCAUGACUACCUCACCAUCCAAGGAAACCUACACUUUUUGGAAUCCCAUGUUUCCAUGGAGCCGACGAAGUCUCCCAGACAUGGCCCUCAGUCUACAAGCUGACCACUAUCUUGCCAUGUACACUAUCUGCAAAGACGAGGUUGAUGACGCCAAGUGUAUGAACUGGACGCGCGAUAUUAUCGCCGACGUCAAGAAAUACUCGGUCGGCUCCUACCUCGGCGACAUCGACCUUCAGGUGAGGACCACAAAGUUCUGGGGUGAUGAACAGGCCAGGAGAUUGAUGGAUAUUCGACGUAAAUGGGAUCCUAAUGGCGUUAUUUGUGGUUAUCUCGACGCCGGGGAUAAAUCAGGCGUGGCAGGUCUGGACAACCAGUUGGAUAAUGACAAGGACUGA